GUAAUUGCUCGCAGAUUUCUUCGCCCUCAUUGGUUCAGAAUAACGGGGUCCGUGUGAACCGGGAGGAAGGGGGGGCUGUGGUCAAACCCACCGCGACCUAAACAGCACCAGGAGGGAGAGAGGAGAGAAGAGGAGAGGAGAGGGAGGAGAGCCGCAGCCCGCAGCAGCAGCGUCGCAGCCUGCCGACCCGCUUUCAGCCUGCAUGGGCUAGUCGGUUAGCUAGCUUUAGCAUCGUCCAACAAGCACCGCACCGCCUCUCCUGUCACCCACCAGCCCGGGUUGUUAUCUCCGCGUCUUUCCCCCCCUUCCCCAAGUCCUUCCUACCCCCUGCCCGGCUUCAAGAUGAUGAAGUUUAGGUUUCGUCGGCAGGGCACCGACCCGCAGAGGGAGAAGAUAAAACAGGAGCUUUUCGCCUUCAACAAGACUGUGGAGCAUGGUUUUCCCCAUCAACCCAGCGCUUUGGCCUUUGACCCCAAGCUGCAUCUCAUGGCCAUCGGCACAAAAUCAGGAGCCAUCAAAGUCUAUGGGGCCCCUGGUGUGGAGUUCACAGGCCUUCAUAAAGACACCACCGCUGUCACACAGAUCCACUUCCUACCUGGGCAGGGCCGUCUGCUGUCGCUAUUGGAUGACAACACAAUUCACCUGUGGGAGCUGGUGGCAGGAGCCUCCAGAGAGGUGGGAGGGGUCAAAAAAGAGGGUGUGGUCUGUCUGCAGGAAGUGGGCAACUAUAGCCUCCCAGGAAGACCCGGCAUAGAGAGCUGCAGUGCCACUCGGGUAACUGUCCUCCUCUUGCUGAAGUCAUGUGACUUGCUUUGUAUUGGAACAGAGGGUGGAGGCGUGUACUUCCUGGAGUUACCCCGCCUCUUACUGAAGGACAACCACACACUGCCCCAGGAUCAGGUGGUUCAGAGCCUUCCAGAUGACUACAGAUGUGGAAAGUCAUUAGGGCCGGUGGAGGCUCUUCAGGAACACCCUCAGCAGGCGGGAAAAAUCCUGAUAGGCUACAGUAGAGGCCUGGUGGUUCUGUGGGACCUGAGCAGCCGUCACAUUGGCCAGCUCUUUCUGGGCAAGCAGCAGCUGGAGAGUCUGGUAUGGGAACGUUCUGGAAACUUGUUUGUCAGUUCACAUAACGAUGGGGGCUACGCCGUUUGGCCUGUCACCAAUGGCAACACCUGCAAUCAGCAGCCAGUGUCGUCCACUAUACCAUAUGGUCCAUUUCCCUGUAAGGCCAUCAGUAAGAUCCUGUGGAGGACGACACAGACAGGGUCUCCAGUGUUGUUAUACAGCGGAGGGAUGCCCAGAGCGAGUUACGGUGACCGCCACUGUUUAACCAUUCAGCAGGACAAAGAUCACAUCACCCUCGACUUCACAUCCAGAGUCAUUGACUUCUUCACUAUCCACAGUAUCGAGCCAGAUAAAGAGUUUGACGACCCUUCAGCGUUGGUCGUGCUGCUAGAAGAGGAGCUGGUUGUGAUUGACCUGCAGACCCCCGGGUGGCCCUCUCUGCCCACCCCCUAUCUGGCUCCCCUCCACUCCUCGGCCAUCACCUGCUCCUGCCACAUCUCCAGCGUCCCUCCCAAACUCUGGGAGAGGCUGGUCAAUGCCGGCAAAGCACAGCAGGGCCGCCAGCAAGCACACGGGAGUUGGCCCAUAUGUGGAGGGAAAAACCUGGCACCUCCACCCAAACAACAAGAGCUGCUAUUGACGGGACAUGAAGACGGAACAGUGCGUUUCUGGGAUGCGUCCGGAGUUGCUCUCACUCCGCUGUACAAACUCAGCACAGCUAACGUCUUCCACACCGACUGCGACCCUAGCGACGACCCUCAGGACCCUAGCGACGACCCCGACCUGCAGCAAGAGGAGGAGUGGCCUCCGUUCAGGAAGGUCGGAUGUUUUGACCCAUACAGUGACGACCCCAGGCUGGGCAUCCAGAAGAUCACUCUGUGCAAAUACAGCAACAAGCUGCUGGUGGCUGGAACUGCUGGACAGGUGAUCGUACUGGGUCUGAGUGACGAGCGCUCGGACCACUUGGUGGACGUGUCGGUGGUUGAUCUGCUGCAGGACAGGGAGGGCUUCACCUGGAAGGGCCAUGACAGGCUGGAGCCACGCCUUAAACCCGCCCCCUUCGCGCCAGGCUUUCAGCCACUGGUGCUGGUGCAGUGUCUGCCACCAGCCUCGGUUACAGCGGUGGCGCUGCACGCAGAGUGGAACCUGAUCUCCUUUGGGACAAGUCAUGGAUUCGGCCUGUUUGACUACCACAGAAGAAACGCUGUGCUGGCCAGGUGUACUCUGCAUCCUAAUGACUCAUUAGCAAUGGAAGGGCCCCUCUCAAGAGUCAAGUCCUUAAAAAAGUCUUUGAGGCAGAGCUUCAGACGCAUCCGUAAGAGCAGGGUGUCCGGGAAGAAACGCACCAUCACCACGCCCACCAGCAAGGUUCAAGAGGCCAACGCUGCUCUAGCAGAGCAGGAGGAAGUGGCCCCGGUCCAGCGGAGGAUUGAACCACGGUCAGCGGAUGACUCUCUGUCUGGAGUGGUCCGAUGUCUCUGUUUUGCUGACACUUUUCUGCGUGAUGGUACACACCACGGCCCUACGCUGUGGGCCGGCACCAACUCGGGCAGUGUGUACGCCUACGCCCUGGAGGUCCCCGGCAUCGGAACGGGCCGUGCAUGUGAGAGGGGAGGUCCGAGUGAGAGCAGCGUCUGUGUGGAAGCAGUGUUGGGUAAAGAGAUCCAGCUGAUGCAUCGAGCCCCUGUGGUGUCGAUCUGUGUUCUGGACGGGCGGGGGAAACCCUUACCGGACCCUUAUGAAGCCUCCCAGGACCUCGCCAUCGCACCAGAUAUGACCAACACUCACUCGGUCCUCAUCGCCUCAGAGGAACAGCUCAAGGUGUUCUCGCUCCCUAAAGUGAGCGCAAAGACUAAGUUCAAGUUGACGGCACAUGAAGGCUGUCGGGUAAGGAAGGUGGCCCUGGUGGUCUUCAGUUCCACUGCUCAGGAGGACUACAGCGAACACACACUGGUCUGUUUGACCAACAUGGGCGACAUGCACCUCUUCAACAUCCCUGGCCUCCGACCACAGGUACGCUACGAUUGCAUCCGUAAAGAAGACAUCAGUGGCAUUGCAUCUUGUGUUUUCACCAAGAACGGACAGGGGUUCUAUCUGAUCUCUCCGUCAGAGUAUGAGAGGUUCUCCCUGUCGGCCAAGGUUCUCACUGAACCGGUCUGCUCCGUUCAGCUGGACCGACCACUGGAGCUCACACAGACCAGCGACGGUACGACGACGCCACAGGCCAACGGAACCCACAAGAACCAGCUGGGCCAGGCCGAGGGACAAACAGAGGAGCCUCCGAGCGCCCUGUCCUCACCCAUCGUGGACACCCCACUGGACUCACCCCUCAGCUGUGCUGACCUCACACUCGAUUCCACAGGAGAGCUGACUGUGGAGGACGUCAGGGAUUUCCUCACGACUGUGGACGAGGCGGAGAAUAACCUGAAGAACAUUACAGAAGAGGAGGGACGCUCACCUGGCAUCCUCAUCAACUGAGCAGAUUUCCAGGGAGGGUCUCCAGUGGUCUAGAUGGACCCAUAACAGUGCUGGACCACAAACAUCUCCCAUCAGCCCACUGUGAAGCCCCUCCCCCCUCUCUCAGGCCAGCAGCACUCUGCACUCUCCUGUCCUGUUAUCCUGGCACACGCAGAAAGGACAACCUCCAAACGGACGCAGGAAACGCCACCAGACUGUCGCCGAGGCUCCUCCUACUUCUGAUAGAACCACUUUGGAAACAUGACGUGACCUCUGACCUCCCAGCUAAAGCACAGCCCUGGAUUUGAAGCGGAUGAUUCAGAUGUUUUC